AUGUCCAACGUGGGCGGAGCUGGGAGCCGCAUUGCCGGGAAUGGCAGCGUUGUAGCUCACAACAGCACCUGUAGUGGUGCAAGCAAGCGUCGCCGGGUCCACCCGCAAACAGCCUUGGUGCCGCCGAUCCCGCCCUACCUCAAGGAAAACAUGGAGACAAAAGCCUUUCACAGAGAUUUAUUCGGAGUGGACAAACGGUGCCGACACCACCGCCCGAUGUCAUCAAGCCCAACAUCUUGGAGUUCUCCAAGAUUCCCACUCAAUAAAAUAUUGGACACAGACAGUGGAAUACUGAGCAAUGCGUCAAGUUUUGAAACGUACGACGUGGGAAAAGAGAUAUUCUCGCCUGUUGACAUGGAGGAUGUCAGUAGAGCAAAUCGAUAUGACAGACACGGUGAGAGGAAGCUCACAUUAACAUUGCUGCAGUCUGAGACCAGAAGGUGCGCCCUUACUGAGAGUCUACAGACUGCCUGGUGUGCAUUAAAAGAGCAACGAGAACGUAUAAGCAAAAAGAAUAUGGAAGUAGUCAAUCACGGUGCUGUAAUUGACAGCUUGAUCUUAAAGCAAAAGCUUUUGGAAGCUAAAGUGGGAUUGCUCCACAAAGAGGAAGAGACUGUGCAUGAAGUUAGACUGGAUGAAGCUCAAAGAGACAGUGAACUCCAGAAUAGGAUCUGCAUCUUAGAAGAGGAAGUAGAACGUUUUAAUCAUAGAUUGGGACAACUAGCCCUGAGCAGAAGAGGUCCACAGUCCAUGUCCACAGUCUCCUGGUACCUGAGGCAGGAGAACGAGGAGGCUGAAAAACAGUCACAGAUCCCGUUGCAAACUUCAAGUGAUUCUUUUGAGUAUCAUGAAGAACAUUGGAAUGUCAAGGAAGCGAGUGAAGGUGGUGAUCUGGCCAGUAUCGCACAAGCAAGUAUUAAAACAUGGUCUCGCUCGUUAAACCUGUCUAUUAAUGCAAAAAGUUCCAAUUCUAGAGCAGACUCCCAGGCAAUAUAUUGUAGAAGCUGUCAAAUAUUUGUUUCCAUUCCAAGGGAAGAGUAA